AUGAUCCCGGUCCACGCCGUUUUCACUGUCGAUUUUUUCGAUGCGCUGUACCUGGCGACGUUUAUGCAGAGCUUGUCGAUGUCAACGCUGGUGGCGAUUGUGAUUGUCGACAUUAUGCAAAAUGCAGUGGAAUUACAAGAACUCCACCAGCGAACGCUUCGUAUCAUUGCUCGUACCCAACGAGUUGUCGGCCCUACUACCAACACUGCUUACAAUGGUAAUUUACUGGAAGCUGUCCGGUGGCUGUGCUCCUCUCCCGGGGUCCUUCACAAGCAAAUUCGAGCUGGAAUACGCGUGCGUUCUUGCAUUGAACACCAAGUUUCACCGGAGAGCAACAGUCUGUUAACGAUUCUCGAAAAUGCCCGCCAAACAGGGUCCAUAGCCAAAUUAUUUGAUCACUUGCCGAGUAUCAACCGCGUCCCAUCGCAGUCAGCAUCGAUCCGACCGACUCCUGGUGAAUUAGUACUGGCGAGAGGCCGAUAUCCGAGCAACUCCAAUUCCGUACAGCCUAGCCCGCCGUUGAUAGUCAGCCGCAAUAAUUCACCACCAGCAGAUCUACCCGAUAGAAGAGCUUCGAUAUACUCAAGCCGAAGAAGAUCCGUUGUGGACAGCUCUGUUGUCCUGAAGGACGCUCUCGAGGUGCUAUUCACGUCCGAAUGUCUCGUGUUGACCGAGUACGUGGAGGUGAUCAUUCCUCUGCUGUACGGCGCGUUCAUUUUGACGAUGGUUCACCAAUCCAGCGCGCAGUACCACACGGAAAUGCACGGGGUCACUCUUGAAAAUGUCAAUGGCAUGGUGUUAAGAAUGUUCCUGUACGCACUUCUGGAGCUCGGGUCUUUUGUGGUGCUCGGACAGAUCACGAAGCGCAACUGCGGGAUUAAUGCGCUGUACCAGCUUGCGUUUGUGCUGGAAAAGCAAAUGGCGUUCAUCCAGGUAACUCUACUCAUGGGGGUUCUAAUGACGUUGACAUUCCGCGUUGUACACUUUGGUAAGUCAGUGAACAAUGCUCGUAAGACUCAACGCCAAACUAACCACGUGCUGUGA